AUCCCUCUAGCUGAGAUGGAGGCUUUGUCUCUGACGUCAGAUAUUCUCUCUGAAAAUUCCUGGUCCUUAGCUCUGACGGAUGACUCUUUACCUGAUGAUAAUAACACACUCUUACUUAAUGCCCUGGAGAGCAAUACUGAUCUUCCUUCCAUUAAUGACCCCCUGAUUCUGUCGUCAAACCAGGAUCUCCUGAGAGUAGGGAAGCCUUCUGUGGGCCGCACCCACUCUCUGCCGAACGACAGCUAUAUGUUUCAGGCUCCAGAUACUGGCCCUUACGAUGCUUCCUCGGGAGAAAAAAACGCAUCCCAUCAAAAAUCUCAGUCAGGAUCAACAACGUCAGUGCAGUCUCAGCCUGCAAGUAUUGAUGCUGUUCUACACAUUGGAAGAGAUCGAUUCCACCCCCUCAAGCCCCAAUACAAUCUUGACUGGGAAAGCAAACCCAAAGUUGCUCCACCUGUGCGUUCUCCAUGUGCAGAACGGUUACUUCGCAGACAG